AUGUAUAGGCGGGUUGGUACUGUUGAAAACGGCGAUGUCCAGCACACUCACGGUCAUCACCUACUCACGGAGGAGCACAUCAAGAAGCUUUCGGAACAUGCCACCCACUGGGCAAUAAUACAGAGGUUUGAGGACAGUGAAGAGGUGCGAUUUGCUGUGGGUUUGCACCAGGUGGUCUUCACGUACAACCUGUUCAAGAAGGAAGGGCUCACCAGCCUGUUCCAAAACGGCAAACUCCACCGCGCCACACUUAUGGCCGGACUCAAACUCUCUCGCUCCCCUAAGGAGCUGGUGCCUGGCUGCUUCUUCCGCUCCUUAGACUUCCUGCUCCAGUUUGUGGAAGCAGGCUACGUGUACCGAGCGGUUACGGAUAAGGAGCUGGCCAAGGGCUUUCCACCGGCAGGUUGGUGCCGACCGCCCGUGGUUUCGGAGCGUGAAGACGCGGAGGCCAUGACAGCGGCGGCGCUGGAGGGAGCGAGCCCGGAGGCGCUCGCGCAGGCGCCGGCCACGGACCCAAUCCGUCUCUUCUACGCCAGCGGAUCUUGGUGCUGCCUCCGGUCGUACAAUACGAGCGCCUCGUCAGUGCGCGUCGACGUUGGCGUGUCACCCGCUGAGCUGUACGACUUGUACUGCCAAGGAGCCUUGUCGGAGUAUCUGCCGAUGGUGGGUAUGGUCGAAGAUUGCCUGCCAGGCACCACCUACGCACCGGCAUGCGUGAUGCUGCCGCUAGGCGCGCUGCUGUACAUGCACGAGCAUGGACGGCCGUACCUGCCGUUGACGCUGAGCGAGCUGCGGGAAGUACGGAGUGGAGGCAUCAUGUCGAUUGCCGUACGCCCUGAGGCACGGCCGAUGCGGCUGCCGCCAGGCGUGUGGCCGCGGGUGUACGACGAGCCACAGAGACCGGGUAUGGAAGUGCCCGAGGCGCUGGCGGCGACGGGCAGAUCUGGGGCCGGCGGCGGCAGCGGCAGCGGCAGCGGCAGGAGCUUGCAGACGAGCCGGCCAGAGCCUGCCGCGCAGUUCCCACCGCCUCAGAGAUCGGCAACGGGGGCAGCGAGGGGGGGCCCAAGCAGGCAAGCCGCCGGCGGUUCAGGGGCAGGCGGCGGCAAUUCGGCUGCAGCGACGGCGCCACUGCCGCCGUCAGAACCUGAGCCGGAUCCGAUUCUUGACGACGCUUCGCGGUGGAUCAUGCCCAAGCCCUUCGAUGUCCCGACGACAGUUCCCCCCGUCUCAACUGACGCCACGGAAGCGGGCGGUGCCGGAGGCGGCGGAGGCGCCAACGGCCCCGCGGCUGACGGCAACAGUAGAGCCGACAGCGGCGACGCUGCUGUCACCCCCGCCACGGCCGCCGCGCCUGUGUCGGCAGCGCUGUCCCCUAGUCCCUUCUUGCAGUACAAUGCUGGCGUGCAACCGUCGUACGAGACGCCGCCGCUGCGGCUUUUCCUGGGUGACCGCGGUCAGUCGGGCCUUGCAGCGAACUGGUGGUACGUGGACUCCGAAACCAAGGAUAUCAAGGGGCCGUACAGUCCGGAGGCGAUGAUGCUGAGCUGCAUCACGCCCUGCCGCGAGGUUCAUGAUGAGACCCCGGUGUGUGGCACGGACGCCGACGUACGGCCGCCGAUGCUGCCACCCCGCGCCGCCUUCCUACCCCUGGGGGAUUUGCUGCGGGACGUCAGCGAAGGCACCUAUGCGCUCGUGAGCCGCGUCGAAAUCGUGUCGCCGCUGGCACGCAGCUUUUUGGGCAACCGAGUCCGCCAGCCCAAAGCAGCGCCGUCACCGGCGGCGGCGGCGGCACCUGGGCAGACAGCGCCCGUGGUAAUUACGGUGCAGCCGCAGCAGCCGCAGCAGCAGCCGGCAGCCGCAGCGGCGGCGGCGCCUGUGGCGGUGUCGGCGGCGCCGCCACCGGCAGUGCCUAUCCAGGUCGUGGCGGCGGCGCCUUCAGCGCUGCCGCCGCAACUGCCGCCACCCCAACCGUCCUUGCCUCUACCGGCUGUACCUCGACAGUCUCAGCAGCAGCAGCAGCAGCCAGAGGCAGCUGUGGCAACAACGUAUUCUUCCGUCCCGACGGCGGCCUCCGUACAGAACGCCGUGAAGGGGCUGCCGCUGCCGCACUUCAUGGCGACGCGACCCCGGCCGGUUGCACUUCCCGCCUUGGCGGGUGCCGCCGUACCGGCGUACACACUUCCCGGUUCCGUGGUCUACAUGCCGCAGUACGGCCAUGCCGUACCGUACGGCGGGCAGGCGGUCAUGGCGCAGCCCGUGUUUAGCAACGUUGUGAUGCAGCAUGCCGUGCCCGCACAAGCACCGCCUCAGCUGCCGCAGAAAUAG